CUUCGCUUCAACUUUAUUCACCCUUAUUUUACUGCGCAGUAUAAUAAUAGUAUGGGAUAAGUCUCUUUUGCUUAUCUACUAAACUGAAAAAAAUUUAAAAAGCAGGAACUUUGACAUUUCACAAUUCGUGACGUAGGACGUUUCAAUCCGUUUCAUGAAUUCACAUCACAGUUGGAGGUCGGAGUUCAUGUCACGGGUCUGGUGAAGUCGUUUUAAAAAGACUUCCCACUUUCACUAAUAGAUAAAAUGGCAUCACCACGUACCAAACGCAAGUUGAACUCAAUCCGCAACCUCGACGAGAACCAUAAAUGCUUUGAGUGCGGAACUCUGAAUCCUCAAUGGGUGUCAGUGACGUACGGAGUCUGGAUAUGCUUGGAGUGCUCGGGCGUGCAUCGAAGCCUCGGUGUUCACCUGUCAUUCGUUCGCUCCGUCACUAUGGACAAGUGGAAGGACGUGGAACUUGAGAAAAUGAUGGUCGGAGGCAACGCGAAGGCCCGCGAGUUCUUCGAGAGUCAACCGGACAUCAGUUCUGGGAUGACUAUACCACAGAAGUACAAUACCAAGGCCGCUGCGAUGUACCGCCAAAAGAUCGCGGCUUUAGCUGAGGGCCGCCCAUGGAGUCCAUCGGAUUACAAGCCCGAGACGAUCGAGAAGCCUCAGGAGUGGCUCCAGUCUCGCGAUUUCUACUCUUCGGACAACACGCUGCCGACAAGCGGAUCUGAUAACAACAUUAGCUACCACAGCGAGUAUGGAAGCGGCCGCUACACCGGCUUCGGUAACUCCCCAAAGCAAUCGCACUCGACUCCGAUGUCGCCGAUGCACAGCGGGAGCGAGGUCGUCGACAACACGCUCGCGACUCUCGCUUCGGGGUGGUCAUUAUUCGCGUCUUCUGUCAGUAAAGCAGCUAAGACGGCCACCGAUCACGCCGUUCGUUAUGGAGGUAUUGCGACGCAGAAGGUCUCUGAAAUGGCCACAACCGUCACGGAGAAGGUUAAUAAUCGCGGCGGUUGGAGUUCGCUGGGCGGCAAUACUGAUGUGCGCCGCGCCAGCAACUAUGGCUCGUAUCAGUCGCAGAGCUACGGGGCUAUGAAGAGCUCGACUUCGGAGCCGUAUUCACAGUGGAACGAGCAGACCCAGCCAUGGCAGGACUCUGUGGCCACGCGCAACAACUUGGACACCCGCGAUCUGUCCCAAGUGGGUGUUUCCAGCCCCCCGCCAGACAUCAAGAGUCUCACGAUCAAGAAGAAGCGUCGCGACGACGACUCUUGGGAUUGGCUCAACAACUAAACGAUGCCAAAACGGAGGUCUUUACUUCAGCUGCAAAUAAAAAAAAAAACGAUAGUAAUGAUAUCUCUUUAACUAAGGUCUGCCUCGCGACCGCUCCCCAAUACGAAGACCGACCUAACAAACUUUUUGCUGUAAAUACUAUAUAAUAUUUAAAUAUUUAUCUAAUAAGUAUAUAACUGUAUCUAUCUAUGGCUUUAAAUGGUAUUUUCGCGAAACUUUACUACGUUCUUCUAUUCUAUUCUUUAUUUAUAUAUAACAUUAUUUUGUUGACCUAUUAUAAAGCUAGUUUUCUACAUUCGGAUUUGUCAACGUUUGGAUGUCGUAUUAUAAGGGAAUCCCAAAUUAUUAUGGUUUACAAUAUUGAGAAAAAAAAAAGUUAUAUGUAUAAUUUUAACAAGUUCCCCAUUCUGAAGACAGUGAAUCAGUUGCAACAAGAUUAUAUUGAAGUAAUUCCAAUAAUACUAAAGAUUGAGAUGAGAUUCCGAGAAUUGUAAAUAUGUAAAUGACCGAUUCAGGCGAUUAUAUCUAGAAGAGUGUUUUUAAAUGAAAUAAUUUGACUAACAAAUUUUUAUGAUAUGCCCAUAUUGUCUUAAGCAGAUAUGGGUAGUGACAUUCAUGUUGUUCUAUCUAUGGGCUUGGGUAAAGGCUUAUCAUCGGGUGGGCGGUGGGGUUUCCUGCCCUUCUAGCUAAUUAAGAAAACGACUGCCCUCCUUAUAAACUAACAAAAAAAGAAAAAUAUAGUCGAAGUCACUUGAGAUUAUGUAAGUAAGGAUUCUAGCGUACAUUUUACACCAUACGUCCAAAUCUGUUUAGUCAUUUAAAAGCUAUUACGGAAUAAAGUUACUCCUAUACGUAUGUACAUGAUCCUUGAAAAUUUGGUUUUUUUUGUUGAUAAUUUGUCUAAUAUAAAUAAAUGAAAGAAAUUUAUUUAAUUUAUGUAAUGAUUUUACAAUAUUAAUUCGCAUACGGAUGAUCGAGAAUUUUCUACAGUUUUUGACGUAUUAUAUUCGAAUAAAAGCAGAUGUUAAUUUGCGUAACGUCCACUAAAGGAUUGCCAUGUUUGUAAUAUUAACCUGAAUUUAAUAUUAUAAAAAAAUAAAAAUAAAAAUUUACUUUAUAAUAUUUAACCCCGAAGAAGCCGUUUUGCGCUUAAAACAGAUGUAAUAUUUUGAAUGUUUUAAAAUUCAAAUGAUUGUAUAUUUGGUAUAUAGAGUUUAAUUAAUAACUAUAUUUUUGAUAUCCGCUUUGUUUGAAUACGGGAAAUUUAAAAGGAAAAACGUUUGAGAGCCUAACUUUUUUACCGGAACACUUUUGAGGCACCAGAGUCAAGUAUAUUUAUAUUGUAUGAUAAAUACACGUAUUUAGUGUUAUUUUUUUCUAACAAAGCUUCUUUCAUGUGAAACUGUUUCAUUUGACGUUUAAUAUAAAUAAUAAAAGUAACAAACCAUUUAAAAAAAAUUAAGAACUAUUUAAACGCCAUAGACAACCAGAAAUCAAUAAGAAAACGAUCUGAAAAGUAGCUCGAGGGUUCCUAAUUCAAUAAACGGCCAAUUACUCUUUUGGCCUCAAAUGACGUCACGUGACGAAGUUACGUUCAGCAUUUUUUUAAAAAGAACCUUGUUUUUGUAUCUCAUAACAUUUACUCGAUGUAAUCUGAAAUGUAUCAAUUAGUUUUAUAUAGCUCACUGCACAGAUACAUGUACAGACAGAAAGAAAGUAAUUUAAAAAAUAUAUAUAUUUUUGAGACGUUAUUUAUAGUGAAAUUAAAUUCACCAAUUGAGGUGAAGCGAUUUUAAAUAUAUUAAAAAUACUUAAUUAUUUGGCAUCUAUCUAGAAACAGAAAUGCAAAUGUAACACCUAUAACUAUGGAGAUGUAAAAAUCAUUCUAAUAUUUCCGAUUGAAUUAUUUAAACAUUAUGUAUUUACUUGCAUCUGUGAUUGUUGUCAAAUGUUAAAUUGUACGAUGAUGUGUUUCUAAAUUUAAAAUGUGUCAUAUAUAUAUAUGUAUAUAUAUAUAUAUAUAUAUACAUAUGGCUGGUUAUGGUUAUGUAAGUUAAAUUUUGUUGUUAGUUAAUUAAUUUGUUUCGGAUUGUCGCUAUGACGACUGAACGAUGCUUAUAAUUUUAAUGUAUUUAAUCUAUACAUAAUACUAUAAUAAUCUAUAUAUAAUCUUUACAGUACAUACUCAAAAUAGACAUCAAUAGAGUCUGUCAAUGACAUUGACUUUGGUCAUAGAGGUAUGUGAUGUGGUAAAGAUAAGACCGGGUAUUAAGUCGUUGUUGUCUGAUAAGUAAGAAACUCGUUGUAUGGCUAUGCUAGAGUUAAGAACACACCGAUACAAACUAAACCACUCUUUUUUAGGUUUCGAGUACAUAAGCUUUUUUGAUUAAGCAGACCAGCAUACGGUCCAUCUGAUGGUGAGCGAUUACUGUUGCCAAUGGACUCCAGCAAUGUCAGGGGCAGAGCCAAGCCGCUGCGUACCGUUUAGUACUCUCCACAAACUUCGUUUGAAGAAAGACAUGUCAUAGCUCUCGGGAAACACCGUGGAAGGGAGCUCAUUCCAAAGCCGGAUGGUGCGUGGCAGAAAAGAUCUCUGGAAACGCACUGUGGAUGAACGUAGUGGCUCCAGGUAGUAUGGAUGAACUCUACUCCGGUGGCAUGUAUCUAGAAUGCUCACGGGCCGUUUCCAUUUCAUACGUAUUGUAUAUUUUAGCAGAUAUUAAUUUUUAAAGUAUAAAGCAAUGUAGUCCAAAUAGCUGCAAUGUCCGGUGCAGUGGCUGGAGUGAACAAAACGCAAAUGGCUUUUAGGGUGAAAGAACAUUUUAAUAAAAUCAAACUUGCAGGUUUAUUAAAUUCUCAUUAAGAGUCCACACGGAUGUUUCCACCAUCCGGCCUGUCUCUGCUGCGAAGUAGUCGUGUGUUUUGGCACGUAGGCUGGGAGAACCGUUAUAGUAAUUUAAUACAGAAUUCGACCUCACGUCAGUUGUAAGGACUUUUUAAGACGGUAAUGGCUCAAUAAUAGGCUGACUAGACUUCUGCCCAUCCAAACCAAUAAAAAAGUAAAUCGAUCUGAAUACGAAUAAUAAAAUUAAUUAAGUUUUAUUUUAAUCUAAAAAAAAUUUAAUUAAUUGAACGUGAAUCCAAUUUAUUCAUUUAAUUUUUAUGAUUAAAACUAAUUUUAUAGUAUUGUGGUUUUGCAUACGGUACGUCAUUAGUGAUUGUAAAGGAUAGAUUAGCUUGAUAGAUACGACGUCAAAAAUCUUUUUUACCACAUACUAUAAGUUUGAACAACUGCACUUUUCAAAUUUAAUAUUUAUUAUUAAUGGUUACAUAGAUAAUUUGAAACCCAUCAGUAUUUUAAUGUAAUAGUUGAAAUAUACAUUGUUAUGACAAUCAUACUUAAGGAAUUACCAUUUUUUUUAUAGGAGAGCGCCAGAGAGCUCUCUAUCAAGAGCCGAAAGCGUAUUAUUUGCAAUAAAAAUAUAUUAUGUUAAUUUAUGCUCAUAAUAUAUGCAUAUAUAAUAAACGUGGCUAUUUUAAUAAAUAUACUAUUAGAAAGAGAAUGUUUCUAGUAGUUUUUUGCGUGUUCGGGCGGGCUUCGUUUACCCGAUUGAGUUGAAACUUUGUACGUUGAAGAAGAUUUACGGUUUAGCAACAUCAAUAUCGAACUGUAGGCGUCAGCAGUGUUUUAAACAAUCCCGAUGUACCUCAAUAUGUUCACUAACUUAAACUCCUGAUCGAAAGCAUAAAUAACGUCGGAUAUAAAUGGUUUCUUGCCAAAAUCGGCUCAACAUUAAUAAUUAAUAUUGGUAGUAAUUUUUUUUCUGUUUUUUAGCCUAUAAUUUUUGGAUCAACACUUUAAAUGAAUUUUGUUUUUAACGCGACGAUAACAAUUAUUGUUUUUAAAUGUUGACAUUGUUGAUAAUGCGGCUUGUGUUCGUAAUGUCGAAAACUAAAAGAACUCAAUACUUACGUCAUUAAACAAACACAGCGGUAGCAUCCACACCGAGAGAUUGUACCAUUGGGACUACGAAUACCACUGAGUUUACAGAUUCCGUGUAAGUCGUCGCAUGAAGCCUGAUCACGGAUGCUCAUGCUCAAAGCCUUGUUAUGCUUAAUGCACUCACACUAACCGUCAAUGCAAUGGUUAUGUUUACACAAAUCACUACUUUCGCCGCAAAUUUAGUAUUUUCCUUUUGACACGAAUGCCUACGAUCGGAAUACACGUUUUUCUUCUAGAAUAUCUUAUUAAUAAUAAUCAUAAGGUCAAAUAUCUACGAUACUAUGCGAAUCCAACACUUUGGUUCGUCUUCGUCUGAUGUGUGGAGAUUUAUUUUCCUCGUUUUUUUUAUUAUUUAUUUAUUGAGACUGUCUUACUCAAUUACAAGUUAAGGCGGACGCUAGCAUUACAUCGCGUGGUAAUAAUAACUUUACCCAAAUCAUGUUAGUGGUCAUGCAUGCCAGACACAAGCAAGCAUCUGCAAAACACUACGGUCCCUUUCAAACCUGAUUUGGAGAAGGACAUGUCAUAGCUCAAUUUAGACCUUUGCUCACAAAGAAGAUCGUCUACCCGUAUCCCGUAAGUAUUUUAAAAAGUCGAAUAUAACCUAGUUUUUGGUGUCGUGAUAUUUCCAUUAAACGUAUGAAUUUAUUUGAAAGGCAGCCAAUAUCGAUGUGAUCAGACGGCAUUUAAGGUAUGUUACUGGUAUUUUAUUCCAUUUUUAAAUUAUCUCUAUAUAUUUUUAACUAUCAUGUAUACAUAGCUUUAUUGUUAAGAUUAGAUUAGAAGAUUUUUAAGUAAUUAAAUUGAAAUUUAACAACUAUAUCAUAGAAAUUUUAGCCAUCGAUUUUACGUUUUAAACAUUAGAUACCUCCAUUAUCUGUUUAUCAGAUGUUUUAAUUUUUUAACGUUAUUAGAUUUUUUAUUUGAAAUUAUUAUUAGUGAAUUGUAUAUUUGCAUUAUAAUCUAUCACAAAACAUUAAUAUUUAAAAUGUAGUUAGAAUAUAUAAAUGUAUUUUGAAAUAUCCUUAAUAUUAAUUAAUAUUAUAAACUUAAUUCUUCUGUUCAUAUCUGUAAUGAUUAUAAAAAUAGUUAAUUAGGCGAUCAUUGGUCUAAUCGCGUUUCCAAAAGUAGUUUUGUAGUUGUUGCCAGUUUAAAAAAAAUAAAACGUGCGGAAAGUAAGUACUUGUUGCGCUUUCGGAAACAGUAUUUCGAACUGCAGAUAAUGUGUAUGACCUUCGUAGAAUACAGCAACAAUGUCAAGGUCAGUCCAAGUUCACUGCCGGCUCCCGAGCUUUCAGGGUCAUGUUACCAGAAUGACCCAGUUCCCUACAUUUCGCUUCUGUGGGGAAACGAUUAUGCGUAUCAUUCAAUUACCUUACAUAAGCCAAUUUUAAUAUCUCAUGGAUUUAAUAAAAACGGGACCUUCUUUUCACACAUUAUAAAUAGGUACAUUUAAAAUGAGAUCAAUUUUCUCAAUCAAUAUCGAAUAUCUUCAAUAUGUUGAACAUGUUUGAAGGUAUUUAUUUGCAAUGUCAGUGUAUAUCGGAAGCUUAAAAUUUCUGAAACAAUUAGCUGCUUUCUUUUCUGGAGUUAUAACUCGAAUUAGAUUAAGAAGAUUAUUAUUACAUUAAGAAAACUAAAAGGACAAUGCAUAUUGAACUUAAAUGUAUAAUAAGUAGGCCUAUGAUACAAAAGGCAUAUAAAUUCAAAUCAGUAUUAAAAUUUGUACAAAAGCAAAUAAAAAAAAUACGAGUGUAAUUUGCGGACGAUGUUGUUGCUGUGUUCUAUGACUCGGAAUGUUAUUUGUAGACAAACUUAACAACGUAAACCCGCAACUUUGUCUGUAUUUAUUUUAAAUAAAAAAUGUUUUUUGAAUCUAAUCUUGAAUUUUAUUGUACGUAAAUGUGUAUUUUGAAUCAUGAAAUAAAUAAUUUACAUUGAA